AUGGGUUUUAGGCUAACUUGUCUUGGUGGGAUAAGACGAGUUCCAUCAUGCCCAUUUUUGGGUCUCGACAUUAAUUUCCACGAUGAAGAAGUAUCGUUUGUGGGUGAAGAUAUUUUUGAAAUGUAUCAUGGCUGGAGAUUAUUCUUUGAUGGAGCGGCAAAUCAUCAUGGAAAAGGUAUCAGAGCGGUCUUAGUGUCAGAAUCUGGUCAACACUAUCCAAUGGCAGCUAAGCUCCGAUUUAAUUGCACAAACAACAUGGCUGAGAAUGAAGCUUGUAAUAUUGGUUUGAGAAUAGCCAUUAACAUGAAUGUGAAAGAGCUACUAUAUGUACAGAAGUUGUGCAAGAGAUUUCAUAAGAUCAAGUUCAGACAUACUCCCAGAAUAAAAAAUGAGUUGGCCGAUGCUUUUGCCAUCAUCGCCUCAAUGAUUAAACAUCCAGAUACUGAUUAUAUUGAUCCUCUGGAUAUAGAGCUGAAAGAACAUCCAGUCCAUUGUUCACAUGUUGAAGCAAAACCAGAUUGUUUGCCAUGGUAUUUUGAUAUAAAGAACUAUUUGGAGUGCGGGAGUUAUCCUGAAGAUGCUAUAUCCAACUAG